AUGUCGACCGAAAUCCAAGCCUCUGUCCUGCAUGCAGCAAAAGACCUCCGCGUAGUAUGUAGAGACGGUUGGAGAACGACCAACAGCCACUGACGCGAGCAGGAAACCAGAACACUUCCCUCUCCGGCCCCAGACGAAGUUCAGAUUCGCGUCGCUUCGACAGGCCUCUGCGGCAGCGACUUGCACUACUACUCUCACUUCCGCAACGGCGACAUCCUCGUCCGCGAACCUCUGAGUCUCGGCCACGAAUCUGCGGGCGUAAUCACCGCCGUCGGCUCCUCCGUCUCACACCUCAAGACUGGCGAUAAAGUCGCCCUCGAAGUCGGGCUCCCGUGCGAACAAUGCCAAAGAUGCAAAGAAGGAAGAUACAACAUUUGCAAAGACGUUCGAUUCCGAAGUAGUGGGAAGGCUUUCCCCCAUUUCCAGGGCACAUUACAGGAGAGCAUCAACCAUCCCGCAAAAUGGGUCUAUAAGCUGCCAGAGGAGAUUGACCUGGAUGUCGGAGCGUUGUUGGAACCCUUGGGCGUUGCGCUGCAUGCUUUCAGGCGGAGUCUCAUGCCAGAGAAUGCAACGGUGGUUGUGUUUGGAGCCGGUGCUGUUGGCCUGCUAUGUGCUGCUGUUGCGAAGCUGAAGGGCGCUGGAAGGGUCAUCAUAGCGGAUAUCGAUGCCGGUAGGCUGGAUUUCGCGGUGCAGAAUGGCUUCGCACACAACAGCUACACUGUACCCAUGAAGAGGGGCAAGGAUAUCGACGAGAGCCUGCAGAUCGCCAAGGAGACGGCAGCCGAGGUCGGCAAGAUUGACAAUGUGGGAGAGGUGGAUGUCGUUUUUGAAUGCACGGGCGUUCCAUCCUGCGUACAAGCAGGAAUUUAUGUAAGUGUCCCCGCGGUACCGCAGCAGCAGAGCUCCUUUUCCCCAACCAACCAACCAACCAACCAACCAACCAACCAUGCACUGACCGACUCUCUCUCUCUCUCUAUGUAGGCUACAAGACCUGGAGGCCGCCUGAUGCUCGUCGGAAUGGGCCAUCCCAUCCAAACGAUUCCCCUGGGAGCCGCCGCUCUGCGAGAAGUCGACAUUGUCGGCGUCUUCCGCUACGCGAAUACCUACCAAGAGAGCAUCGACAUUGUCCUUCAAGCGCGAAAUUCCCCCGACGGUCCGGACUUUUCCAAACUCAUCACACAUCGCUUCUCCGGGCUCGAGGAGGCCGUCAAGGCGUUUGAGAUGGCGGGCAAGACCAAGGACGCCGAGGGCAAGUUGGUGUUGAAGGUCAUUAUUGAUAGUUCGGAGGGGGCCAAGGCGAGACUGUGA